GCAAAAGAGCGGAGUCUAGAAUUGACGUUCAGCUAAAGAAGUGUUUUGUACUCAGUAGUCCGUACAGGCAGUAGUCCGUACAGGCAGAUGCCAUAAAAUGAUACUCAGAAAUUCGGAGCUAUGGCGAUUCUUCAUCAAAGAAGCUUGCAAUUCAUCAAUGGCGAUUGUCAAGUUCUUCUGCUUCCUUCACGUCACUCGCACCUACGUUCUGGACGUUGCCAGUAUUCCGGGUCCAAGCAUGCUGCCAACCUUGAAUAUUACCGGCAAUGUAGUCUUAGUCGAUCGAAUUUCGCCUCGCUUUAGCAAAAUUGCUGCGGGAGAUAUUGUCAUUGUCGGGUCACCUGAAAACCCUACAAAAGUUAUUACAAAGAGAUUAAUUGGUGUAGAAGAUGAUAGUAUCACAUAUCUUGUUGAUCCUAAGCAUACUGAGAAAUGCAACACUGUUGUGGUACCAAAGGGGCAUAUGUGGGUGCAAGGCGAUAACAUAUAUAACUCCAGGGAUUCAAGAGAAUUUGGCCCUGUUCCUUAUGGUCUUCUCUAUGGGAAAGUAUUUUGGAGAAUUUGGCCAAUGAAGGAUUUUGGACCAUUGUGAUUAGUUCCUAUGUUGCAGAGAAAGGGUGGUUUCUUGACAAUGAUCGUUGAAAUGACAGAUUUUACAAGGAUGCUGACAAUGAUUGCUUGAAUCAGCUAGAUUUAAUUUUGUAAAGGUCCUAAAACACGGCAUUUUCUUUUUCUUUUUCUGGGAAAUGAAGGGUAGUCAGCUAUCAUAUGUUAGUCUUAUUUGCCUAUUACAGGGUAAGAUACAUGAUUAAGGUUUUGAGCAUUGAAUAUUUUGGCACCUUGGAAUGCAGUAGCAGGUUGGCUGUACAUUUUUGAGAUGGGAAUAUUUGUAAAAUUCUGUGGUGUUGGCAUUACUGUUCUUGUUUGGUUCCCAGUGGUAUUAUUGAAUGGAAAACUUCUUGCAGCAGUUGCUGGCA